CCAUCUUCUCUGGUUAGUUCGUAGCUGCAUCAGUACGAUCAGUACACAUUCAAACCUUUGUCUUUAUCGGUCGGUUGGACAUUUUGAAUUCAACCAAAAUGAGGGAAAUCGUGCAUCUGCAGGCAGGCCAAUGUGGAAAUCAAAUUGGAGCUAAGUUUUGGGAAGUCAUAAGCGACGAACAUGGCAUCGACCCGACCGGCUCAUACCAGGGGGACAGCGACCUGCAGCUGGAUCGCAUCAACGUCUAUUACAAUGAGGCUUCAGGUGGGAAGUAUGUCCCCAGGGCCGUGCUGGUGGACUUGGAGCCCGGUACGAUGGACUCGGUGAGGUCCGGUCCCUUCGGCCAGAUCUUUAGACCAGACAACUUUGUCUUUGGCCAGAGUGGAGCUGGUAAUAACUGGGCAAAGGGUCACUACACUGAGGGAGCCGAGCUGGUGGACUCGGUCCUGGAUGUGGUGAGGAAGGAGGCGGAGAGCUGCGACUGCCUGCAGGGCUUCCAGCUCACACACUCCCUGGGUGGAGGAACCGGCUCGGGCAUGGGCACGCUGCUCAUCAGCAAAAUCCGAGAGGAGUAUCCAGACCGCAUCAUGAACACUUUCAGCGUGGUGCCUUCCCCCAAG